GUGAGUGCCCACUCCCAUCUCUGCUCUCCUGCUACUCGAGCCCACCCGCCACGUGCUCAGCAUCAUGAAGGUUCCCGGGGUUGCCCUUGCCGUCCUCUGCACCAUGGCCCUCUGCAGCCAGGUCUUCUCUACACCAUUUAGCGCUGACAUCCCGACCUCCUGCUGCUUCACCUAUAUCAACCGGCAGCUUCCACGCAAAUUCAUAGUGGACUAUUUUGAGACCAGCAGCAUGUGCUCCAAGCCCGCUGUCAUCUUCCUAACCAAAAAACACCGGCAGGUCUGUGCCAACCCCAGUGAGGCCUGGGUCCAGGAAUAUGUCACUGACCUGGAGCUGAAGCCCUCAGUGGCCUAGAAGCUUUGAGGGACCCAGUGACCUCGGUGGGCCAAUGCAGAACAGGGGCCUGAGUCUCGGAAACACCCCUGUAACCUCCACAGCUACCUCUCCAGUAGAUUUGCUGCCAAACGCCCUUGCUCUGGAAUUCUCCCUAACUUAAAAUUUAAUUUAUUUAUACUAUUUAAUUUUUGUAAUUUAUUUUGAAUGUCACAAUGUAUUGGGGGCUGUUUGCUCCAAGAGGUUUCAGGAUACCUUUUUCACCACCUCUCCCCUCCUCCUUCACUUGCACUGUGGUUGGUGACAAUUGAAUGACUGUCAUAAGCUUGUUCUAGUCAGAGGUGAUGUCAACACCGCCAGGCUGACAAAUGUGUAUUAAAUGUUGUUGUUCGGUGCUGUGUUCAGCCCAGAGAAAUA